GGGCUGAGCACCACCUCUCCAUCCCUGCCCUCCCAGUCAUCGUGCAAGAGGCCCCCUCGGCCGGUCCCGCCUCCACGUAGGAAGCAGGCCCCCAAGCCCCCCGAACCGGCAGGAGGAGCGGGGUUGACCGCCAAUCAGUGUGCAGCUGUCAGAGCGGCCCCGCCCUCGUCCGUGCGGAGGCCCGACGUGUCGCUGUACUCGCCACAGGGUGGCGCCGCAGUGGGAGCCGACCCCGACUCCUGCUCUCCAAGCAGCUCAGAGGAAGACCCCGGGGAGGUGGGCCACGGGGAAGAGCACAACCAAAGCCAGAGGUCCGAUAGCCACGCCUCUAGUAAGGCUGCGGUGAAGAGGACGCCGACCACCGUGAUGCUGGGCCGCGCCCGCCACCGCCUCUCCUCCGUGCUGACGGGGCUCAUGAGCCACGACGUCCGCCUCACGCAGCGCAUCGUGGAGCUGGCCAGAGACCCAAUCAGUUACUUUGGCAAUCUGGUCAAAGAGCACCGCACCUUCACGCUGGAGACCAUGUCCCGUCACUCGUCCACCACAGAGCUGCUCCAGGAGAUCAGGACCAUGAUGACCCAGCUGAAGAGCUACCUGCUGCAGAGCACCGAGCUGCAAGGCAUGCUUGAGCCACAGCACCAGUACACACACGACAAGCUCGAGAGCAUAGCAGAAGCGGCGCUGUGUAAGAGUGUGUUGAAGCCCCUGAGGGAGUCCAUCUACCUCCGCCUGGAGACGCUGCACUCAGAGGACGGCAGCACACAGCGCCUGGUCCACAACCAGUCCUCAGUUCUGGGCAGCACCACCACAGCGCUUGGAGUGACCACCGCAGUCCCAGAGGCGCCGGCCAUGGAGAAGAUCAACAUGAAGCUGUGCAGCCUCCACCUGGAGUACUCCCCCCAGAGGAAGAUCCAGCUGCUGCUGAAGACCUGCAAGAUCAUCUACGACUCCAUGGCCGUCAGCAGUCCAGGGCGGGCCCAUGGUGCUGACGACUUCCUCCCUGUAAUGAUGUACGUCUUGGCCAGAUCAAAGCUCGCCCAGCUGAGGUUGGAUGUGGAGUAUAUGAUGGAACUAAUGGACCCGUCUCUGAGUCUAGGAGAAGGGUCCUAUUACCUGACCACCACCUAUGGGGCUCUGGAGCACAUUAAGACCUUCGACCAGCAGAGGGCGGCGACGCGGCAGCUCAGCAGAGAGGUUCAGGACUCCAUCAACCGCUGGGAGAGACGGCGCACCCUGAACAAAGAGCGCAUGUCCCAGGGCUCAGUGCAGGACUUUCUCACAGUGUGCUGCCCAGAGGUCGGGUCCAACCCCAGGGCUCUUGGCGUUCUCCCGGGCACCAGCAUCCAUGAGUUGACUGCACAGUGCGCCUCACGCUUUGAACAAGACUCCUACAUUAUCAGUUUGUUUAUGGACGGCCUCAUGCGGCCCCUGGCACCGACAGAACUGGCUCUGGGGGUGAAGAACAGCCUACCGCCAGGGGGCUACUGUUUUGUGUUCCACCCAGCCCACCUUAUAGCUGAUGUCCAGACCGAUAUCGUUCCCCCUGUGGAUCCCAAAAAGGUCCUCGAUAGUGAUGGUCCUGGGGAAACUGGGAACCAGGACAACACAAAAUCGGUUGUGACAUUGGACGACGCUAUUCAGGAGCAAGCAGGGGAAAGUCUGAUCACUUUGUAACUCUUUGGAAGGGCUUCAACAAACAAUUUAUAUUGUCACAGUAUUACAACAUCAUCACUGUUUACAUUGUAUACAUAUGGAAAGCCUAUUUCUGCCUAGGUUUCUAAACAUAAUGGCAAACAGAACAGCGAGAAUGUGGAAUAACUCCUUCCUAUUAUCCUCUUUCUAAAUUCACGAGCUGGCAACUCCAUAAUCAAUCUUUCACUAUGUUUAUGUAAAUAAAUUGUUACGUUUUCCCUAUGUUGU